AUGGCUGAAAUGAAAAUUCUAUCAAAAUGCCAAGAGCAUUUAUUGAAGCAGAUGUUCUUGGGUACAUCUACUGACUUAGAUAAAUCGUGUGUAGUGGGCACGACACUUGCAUUCAAGAUUCUACUCGAACCCGACACGGAUGAUAUACUAACGUACUCGUUGGUCAAUGAAGCUACACGUUCUGAUACUAUUGGUAAUUGUAUAUACACCUAG